AUGAGUCGUGCGCGUGUGUAUUGCGACGUGAAUGAGACGCGCCCGCGCGAGUACUGGGACUACGAGACACUUAAUGUAGCUUGGGGGGACCAAGACAACUACGAGGUGAUCCGUAAGAUCGGUCGAGGCAAGUAUAGUGAAGUAUUUGAGGGCUACAAUGUAGCCAGUAACUCUCGCUGCGUCAUUAAGAUCCUCAAACCGGUGAAGAAGAAAAAAAUCAAACGUGAAAUCAAGAUAUUGCAAAACCUGUCGGGUGGCGUAAACAUUAUUCAGCUGCUGGAUGUAGUGCGAGACCCACAGUCCAAGACCCCAAGCUUGGUGACCGAGUAUGUGAAUAACACAGACUUCAAGACACUCUACCCGACACUAAGUGAUUUCGACAUUCGCUAUUACUUGUUCGAGUUGCUGAAGGCCUUGGACUAUUGCCAUUCGAAUGGCAUCAUGCAUCGUGAUGUUAAGCCGCACAAUGUCAUGAUUGAUCACGAGAAACGCCAAUUGCGUCUGAUUGAUUGGGGUCUCGCCGAAUUCUACCACCCAGGUCGUGAAUACAACGUGCGUGUUGCUAGUCGAUAUUUUAAGGGACCAGAGCUAUUAGUGGAUAUGCAGGAGUAUGAUUACUCAUUAGACAUGUGGAGUCUUGGGUGUAUGUUUGCGGCAAUGAUCUUUCGAAAAGAGCCAUUUUUUCAUGGCCAUGACAAUUGCGACCAGUUGGUGAAGAUCGCCAAGGUAAGGGGUACAGAUGAGCUAUUCGAUUACCUCACGACGUACGAUCUGGAGCUCGACCCGCAGUACGAUGGUAUUUUAGGCACGCAUACGAAAAAGCCGUGGGAAAAGUUUGUCACACAAGACAACAAACAUUUGGUGUCUGCCGAAGCCAUUGAUUUUCUGGAUGGACUGCUGCGUUAUGACCACCAAGAACGACUAACAGCAAAGGAGGCCAUGCAGCACGCGUACUUUCAGCCGGUGCGUGAUGUGGCCGAACAGAAGCUGCGUGGUGGCGCGCAUCACACCGACGAGAUCACCAGCGUUUCCGACUCAAGUGCGUAA